ACUUUACCUCAGAAUCUUGUGUCCCAGGAAAGACAGCAGACUGGCAAAUAAAGGAGGGGAAUAAACAAACCUAGAUAAACAUCAAUUCGAAGGGAAAUGUUGAUAAAACGGUUCUCGAUCGGUGGACUUCGCUUGCUGUGAUUUUAUUUCGCAUAAAACAGUAAAACAGUUGAAAAUUACAAAGUUUCGCCAAAACUUGAUUGUUUGUUUUUGAAGUGUGUGCGUGUUUUCGUAGUCGUUGUUUGCGAGUUCAUAAAGUGUAUUUUGUGUGUCCAUGGUGCCGGUUGAUAACAUUCUGCAAAAUCACGUCUACCUCAUUCACGUCAAGAAAUACUUAAAAGCAACGCACUACGAUGAAAGAUUCGAAAACGGAGAUCCCAGUGAGCGGCGGCCUACCGCAACUGGAGACCAGCAGGUGUGCCGGCAGUGGCGAGGCGCUGCUAAAGCCAUCCUUGCUGCCCAUGGCAUUGGAAUCGUGUGAGUCGUCUCCGGAUCGGAAAGCCCGUGACAGUUGGGGCAGUUCGCUGGAGUUCCUCAUGUCCUGCAUCGCCCUGAGCGUGGGAUUAGGCAACGUGUGGCGUUUCCCAUUCACGGCUCUGGAAAACGGCGGAGGAGCCUUCCUAAUUCCCUACCUUGUCGUCCUGUUUGUGGUGGGAAAGCCGAUUUACUACAUGGAGAUGCUGCUGGGACAGUUCUCCAGUCGUGGCAUCGUGCAGGUUUUUGACUUUGCGCCCCUCAUGCGAGGUGUGGGCUAUGCCCAGCUAUUGGCCCUAGGCGUUUUGGCCACGUAUUAUGCCUCGGUGAUGGCCUUAACUCUGCGCUACUUCUUCGAUUCCUUCGCAGCGGAGUUGCCCUGGAGCUUCUGUCGCGAGGAGUGGGGUGACGGGUGCGUGAGUGCAUCCGGAGCUCAGACCCUCCAGGGCUCCUUGUCGCGGAACUUCAGCUCCUCCACGCAACUCUACUUGCAACGCAUCGUGCUGAAUGAGACGGAUUCCCUGGAGCAGGGCAUCGGAUAUCCCAGUGGCAGUUUGGCCUUAAUGCUGGGCAUUUCCUGGAUAACCGUAACUCUGAUUAUCAUUCGGGGUGUGAAGAGCUCAGGAAAGGCGUCCUAUGUCCUGGCCCUCUUUCCAUACGUGGUGAUGUUCAUCCUGCUCGUGAGAGCACUCACUCUACCAGGUGCCUACGAGGGAGUGAUGUACUUUCUGACUCCGCAGUGGGAGAAACUUUUGGAGCCGCAGGUGUGGUACAAUGCCGUCACCCAGGUGUUCUUCUCCCUGGCGGUCUGCUUCGGUGUGAUCAUCAUGUACUCCUCGUACAACCGUUUCGGUCACAAUGUCUACCGGGAUGCCCAUAUAGUGACCACGCUGGACACGUUCACGUCACUGCUCUCGGGUGUGAUUAUCUUUGGAAUACUGGGUAACCUGGCACACGAGUCGGGCACCAAGGACAUUGCCAGUGUGGUGAAGGCGGGUCCUGGACUGGCAUUCAUCUCCUAUCCGGAUGCCAUUGCCAAGUUCAAGAUGUUCCCUCAGGUGUUUUCGCUGCUCUUCUUCGCCAUGCUCUUCAUGCUGGGCGUUGGCAGCAAUGUGGGCAUGGUCAGCUGCAUUAUGACCGUGCUGAAAGAUCAGUUUGUGAACGUCAGGCUGUGGAUUAUAGUGGUCAGCAUUUCGGUGAUUGGGUUUCUGGUGGGACUGAUUUACAUCACUCCCGGUGGACAGCACAUCAUCACGCUGCUGGACUUUCACGGCGUCACCUUCGUCUCCCUGGUCUCGGCCAUCUUUGAGCUCAUUGCCGUGGGCUGGAUCUACGGCACCAAACGUCUCUGCCAAGAUGCCGAGUACAUGCUGAACAUCAAGACCUCGAAUUACUACCGGAUCUGCUGGUCCAUUGUCACUCCCAUGGUCAUGCUGGUCAUCCUGGUGUACAGCUUGCUAACCAUGCGUCCCCUCAGCUACAAUGGGCAGGAGUUUCCAUUGGCAUAUAGAGUUAUUGGUUGGUGUGUCUCGGGCUGCAUUAUUGGACAGCUGUUCUACUGGGCAUUUUACGCAAACUGCAAGCAGCCAAAAGGAUCUUUAAAGAGCCGCAUCAAAAACUCCAUUAAGCCGCAUUCCGAUUGGGGUCCUUUGGAUCCUAAGAAGCUGAUGGAUUACCAAAUGUUUCUGCGCAACAAGGAGGAGGAACAUUCCAAAAAUGUCAAUCGCCGAUGUGUUUGCUACACAGCUGGUGAUCGCAUUUUCGGCUAACCCAAAUACUUUUAAAUCGUGUUUUGUCGCCGUUGAAACAUUGCGUAUUUUUUAUUUAUUUCUAGUUAGAAAUUUGCUUGGCACUUGUUUAGUUGUACUUAAUAUAUUUUAUAUACACUUUUUUAUUUUCAUUUAUGCGAAAUGAAAUCAAACAAAAAUCAAUUAA